AUGGAACCAUUCAACUAUGGCACGGCAGUUGACAGAGAGACUAAUGCGGUGUCUUACAAGUUUUCGUCCAACCUCCCACAACGACCUGCUGGUGGCAACAAGAGCGGCAAAAACAUUGUCAUCAGAGUCAACCAGUACAAAGUCGUUCAAUUCCCUACUAGGGACAUUUACCAAUAUGACAUCGCCAUUGGAGCAGGAGCAGAGAAGAUGGGCAAGAUCAUGGCUGUCUGGAAAUCCAAGACCUGCCAGAACAAAUUGAGAGAAGCCGUUCCAAACGCACCGUGGCUCUGGGAUGGUAACAAACUGGCUUGGACCAGUGCCUCAAUUCCCAGCAUUCGAUUCCCGGUCGAUCUUGAUGCUGAGAAGGGCCGCGCACCACGACCGGGCAAACAACCUGAUGUUACCUAUGUCAAAAUCACUCAGACCAAGAUCGUCCGUAUGACAGUUAUUGAGCACUACCUGUCGGGCAAGAUUGCAUUUGACAAUUCUGUCUUUGAAGCAAUUAACUUUCUUGAUCACUUGAUGCGCCAGGGACCAUCUGAGGCACAUGUCCAGAUCAAGCGCAGUUUUUUCCCAAAAGCAAUGAACCCGGUAGCUAUUGAUAAUGUCAUCACUGCCGUCAAGGGUGUUUACUCAUCAAUUCGUCUUUGCGAUCCCAAAGGCUCAUCUGGACUGGGAACUGGGCUUGCUGUCAAUGUGGAUGUCGCGAACUCGACGUUCUGGACAGCCCAAUAUGUUCAUCAAGCUGCUCGAAACCUGUUGAGCAGAGGCAAUCGUAAUUUCGACUACCGUGCGAUGACAAAGCGCCUGGAAUCUGUUCCAUACGGAAAGAGUUGGACACAGUCCGAGGACUUCAAGGAACUUCGCAAGCUAUCUAAGCUCAAGUUCAAGGUCAAGCUUCACCCCAAGGCAGAUACUGUUAAGGCAGAUCGGAUUCAUACAAUCAAGAGAUUCACUUUCGAUCCUGCACAUGGAAAGGCUGGAUCCAAUGCAAAGACUUACAUAUUCUCAUUGAAGGAUCGACAAACCAAUAGAGAAGAAAACAUUUCCGUAUAUGCUUACUUCAAGCGUAAGUAUGGUGUGGAGCUUCAGCACCCAGAGUUUCCUCUGAUCCAGACGGAACGCGAUGGUGUUUUCCCAAUGGAGGCUUGCGAGUUCAUACCACAUCAGAGAUAUCAGUACAAGCUCACUGGGGACCAGACCUCUGCAAUGAUUAAAUUCGCUGUCACCAGACCCAAGGAGCGCAUUCAAUCAAUCAACCAAGGAGUUAAUAUGCUGAAUUGGGGUACUGACCGUUACCUAAAUCACUUCGGUCUCAAGAUCGAUCAGAACAUGUCCACCACGAAUGCAAAGUUACUUCAGAACCCUGAAAUUCAGUUUAAGGGCAAGAAGAUCAACCCCGGUACAAGUGGUAGAUGGGUCAUUCAGGACACCAAGUUCUUCAAAGAGAACACUGAGCCUCUGAAGUCUUGGGCUUUUGUUGUUGUCAACAAGGCUUGCGACGACAAUACUGUCAGAGAGUUUUCCAAGGUAUUCGUUCAGACCUAUAUCUCACACGGCGGCAGAGUUGAAACCAAAGAACCACCAAUUGUCAACCUCGGCCAUGGAGACCUUGCUGAUACAGUUUCCAUCGCCCGCCAAAAGGCUGGAACCUUCGCCAAGAGCGCACCUCAGAUCCUCUUCUUCAUUCUCCCAGGCCGAGAUUCUAUGGUCUAUGAGCGUUUGAAGCGGAAUAUGGAGUGCCGUUUUGGUAUGGUCAGUCAGAUGCUGGCUGUCAAUCAGGUCUUCAAGAAGAAUGCUCAAUACUGCUCCAAUGUUUGCAUGAAAGUCAAUGCAAAGCUCGGAGGGGUGACUUGCAAGAUUGCACAACCAGGACCAACUUUCCCCCGACCUACAAUGGUUAUUGGAGCUGAUGUUUCUCACGCAUCACCUGGUAGUAUUCAAGCUUCCACUUGUGCUAUUACCAUGUCUAUGGAUGCAGAUGCGACACGUUAUGCUGCUUUUGUUCAAACCAAUGGGCACCGAGUGGAAAUGAUCACACCAGCAAACAUUGAUGGUGGAUUCAUGGUUCUAUUCAAGUACUGGGUCGCAAACCACAAGACAGGCCCCUCACACAUCUAUUACUUCCGCGAUGGUGUUUCAGAGGGUCAAUACAGCCAUGUGCUUGCUCAAGAGAUUGAGCCUAUGAAGAAAGCCAUCAUUGCGAUGUACGGCGAUGCAGGUGCAAAUAUCAGAUGGACUGUAACUGUUUGCAGUAAACGCCAUCAUAUUCGAUUCUUCCCCAAGGAUGGCGAUAGAGCAUCGAAUCUUUCCUCCCAUUCGGCGAUUCAGGGAACUGCACGACCUGUCCAUUACCAUGUCAUCAAGGAUGAUGCACAAAUGGAUCCAACUUUAUUUCAGAACAUGAUUUACAAGCACUGCUAUCAAUAUGCUCGUUCUACGACUCCGGUCUCGUUAUAUCCGGCUGUGUACUACGCUCAUUUGGCUUCGAAUCGUGCUCGUUGCCACGAGCCUGGAGCAUCCUCUGAUGGUCCAAAAGGUGGUCAAAAGUACGAAGAAGCACAGCAAGAUGCCGGUGUUCGGCAACGCGCUGGUGGAGGUGGUUCUCAACCUCCCGCCUCUUCAAGUGGCUCUCAAGCAGCACUUUCGGAAGCUCGCCCACUUGUACCGCUUGCUUGUGAUGUCAAAGAUCCAGCUGCGUUGAAGUACAUUCGUACCAGCAUGUGGUACAUUUAG